UUUUGGGUUCUCUUGGUGUUGGCAUCUUCUCGUGUUUUGGGGUGUUUUGUUUUAGGGGUGUCUCAUUUUUGGGGCUGUCCUGUUAUUGGGUUUUGUUGUGUUUUGGGGUGUUUCCUGUUUUGGGGUGUCUCAUGUUUUGGGGUGUCUCAUGGUUUGGGGUGUCUCCUUGCCGCUGGCACGCGCCUCACGCUGCCGGUCCCCAGGGGAGCCUCGCCGUGGCGCCUACACCGCCUUCAUGAAGUCCCACCGCUGCUACGACCUCAUCCCCACCAGCUCCAAGCUCGUCGUCUUCGACACUUCCCUGCAGGUGGGCCGGGAGGUGGGGGGGGGGGGGGGGGGGUGGGGGGGGGGCGGGGGGGGUCGGCGGGGCCCCGCUCCCCCGGCCCACCCCCCCCCAGGCAUGCUGACCAUCACCGACUUCAUCAACAUCCUGCACCGCUACUACAAGUCGCCCAUGGUGCAGAUCUACGAGCUGGAGGAGCACAAAAUAGAGACGUGGAGAGAAGUCUACCUGCAGGACUCCUUCAAGCCUCUGGUCUGCAUCUCCCCCAACGCCAGCCUCUUCGACGCCGUCUCCUCCCUGAUCCGCAACAAGAUCCACCGCCUGCCCGUCAUCGACCCCGACUCGGGCAACACGCUCUACAUCCUCACCCACAAGCGCAUCCUCAAGUUCCUCAAACUGUUCAUAGCGGAGGUCCCCAAGCCCGAGUUCAUGGCCAAGACGCUGGAGGAGCUGCGGAUCGGUACCUACGACAACAUCGCCGUGGUGCGGACCAGCACCCCCAUCUACGUGGCGCUGGGCAUCUUCGUUCAGUACCGCGUGUCCGCUCUGCCGGUGGUCGAUGAUUCGGGGCGGGUGGUGGAUAUCUACUCCAAAUUCGACGUUAUCAACCUGGCGGCCGAGAAGACCUACAACAACCUGGACGUGACGGUGACGCGGGCGCUGCAGCACCGCUCCCACUACUUCGAGGGCGUCCUCAAGUGUUACAAGCACGAGACGCUGGAAACCAUCAUCAACCGCUUGGUGGAGGCCGAGGUGCACCGGCUGGUGGUGGUGGACGAGAGCGACGUGGUCAAGGGCAUCAUCUCUCUCUCAGACAUCCUGCAAGCCCUGGUUCUCCCCGAGGGCUCCAAACCCUGACGUGGUGGCAGGGGGGGGGGCUCAGCCUGUCUCGGUGCCCCCGCCUUCCUCUCCUGCCCCCCCCCCCCUCCCCCUCAGGCUCUUGGGGAAGGCUGGGGGGGACCCCACUCACCAGCAGCAUCCAGCAAUAACUACCAACGUGGGGCUCCCCGGGCAGGGAAAGCCCCUGGCUCCCCCCCUGAGCCUUGCCGUGCGCCCUGAGCCCACGUUGGCCGUGCCGGGGGGGUGCUCGGUCAGCCCCUGCCCCCCCCCGGGGGGUGCUCCCCACGAGGCACCGAGCCCGGCUGGGAAAGGGCUGCGUGGAGCCAGGCCGGGAUCGGCCGCUUGCGGGCUGGGGCUGUUCCGCGAGUGGCUCCCGGACCCUCAUCACCCCCCCGCGGGGAUUGGUCCCGUUCCGUUUUAAUUGUUCCGUUUUAAUUGUCCCCACUCGGCUCCGUCCAGCCCAGGGCCGUCCCCGGGCCCCUCACUGCUGUGUCUUCACCUGCCACCACCUCGCGUGCGGGGGGGGGGGAACCCGCAAAUAAACACCGACCUGGCACCAA